UUAUAGGUGCCUCUUGUAGCAUUCACCUUGUUUGGAAGUCCAGCCAAUUGAAAUGUUCUUCUCCUUGUGGCUGCUAGCAGAUAUCCUGCUUCUGGUGGGUUAGUGAAGUGGGAGGAGCUUCCUCCUUCUGCCUCGUCCCUCUUGCAGUUCAAUGUUUUUGCCACAGUUAGCUCAGAUCCCUUAAAGGGCAGAGGUUUGCUUCUCAGUAUACCACAAAGGAAGGGAGCAGCAUUUCCAUUACUUUAAAGGCUGAAUUCUGAUUCCUGAGGAAACAGAAGCAUCUUCCAAGCCAGUUAACGUCAAUAUCCUCAUGCAAAUCCUUUUCCUCAUCCCCUUCCGUCUAAACUGAUGACGUGGACUCCAUCGUAGCUCAAGCUUUCCAAUUUUAGAAGAUGGGCUCAUUCCGAAAACCCCGGCCACGUUUCAUGAGCUCCCCAGUGCUGAGUGAUUUGCCACGAUUCCUGGCAGCUCGACAAUCUCUGCAGUUCAGAUCUAACUCUGCCUGGAACAGUGUUCAAACAGCAGUGAUCAAUGUGUUCAAAGGAGGAGGCUUGCAAAACAAUGAACUCUACAUCCUCAAUGAAAAUGUCAGGCAGCUGUUGAAGAGCGAGCUUGGAUCCUUCAUCACAGACUAUUUUCAGAACCAGCUUCUUGCAAAAGGUUUGCUAUACAUAGAAGAAAAAGUUAAGUUUUGUGAAGGAGAAGAUCGUAUCUAUGUAUUAUCUGAAACUUGGGAUCACUUCUUCACAGAAACUCUUCCUACAUUACAGGCUAUAUUUUACCCUGUUCAGGGUCAAGAAUUGACCAUUCGUCAGAUUUCCUUGCUUGGCUUCCGAGACUUGGUCUUAUUAAGAGUAAAGUUAGAUGAGAUUCUUCCUCUGGUCCAAAGUAACCUUCCACCCUCCAUUAUCCAGAUGCUGCUGAUUUUACAGGGAGUCCAUGAACCUACAGGUCCCACUAAGGCUUUUAUGCAACUAGAAGAACUUGUAAAACUGGUAGUUUCCCCAUACCUUGGUUUGUGCGAAGAACAUUGCUUCCCUGGCAGUACCUGUGCCCUGGAGAGACGGUAUUACAGAUCUCGUUACAAAUCCAACGGACUAAGCAUCUCUUCUCACACAGUGGCAACACGACAAGUCAGUGAGACCGCCUUGACACCCCUGACUGAACAGGAGGGUGAGGCUUACCUUGAGAAGUGUGGGAGCAUCCGUCGGCAUACUGUCGCCAAUGCUCAUUCAGAUAUCCAGCUGUUGGCCAUGGCUUCCAUUAUGCACUCAGGCAUGCUAGCAGAAGAACCAGACAAUGGCGACCAGUGUCUCCUCUUGCAACCCAGUUUGAACCACAGACAGUUUUCUAGUGAGCCCAGCAUAGCAGAUGGACCAGAAGAACUGGCCACCCCAGACAUGGAGGAGCCUGCAGAACUGAAUUGCACAUCUGUCUGUUGAAACAGAGGAAAAGAACACUUCUGCACAGCCAAUGUUACUGUUCAUGCUGCUUAGAUCAAGAAUUAGAUCUACAGGACGCAUCCUGAAAUUGAUUGUGUUCUUAGGUUCUAAUAAUAUGAGAGUCCUUUCUGUGGACUAAAAAGGUACAAACUUGCUUCAGCUGAAAGUUUCCAAUGUUGUCUCAGAGCAAUGGUUUCUCAGAGUUUCUUUUUCCAGUUAGGUUUUCGUACCCUCAGCUGCAUUCAGUUUUUGUCUUUAUCCAGAGGGUGAACACUGUAGUCCUAGUUUUAUUCUGCCUUGCAGAUUGGGAAGAUGAACUCCAUUGUUAGGGACAGGCAGUUAUUUCUUCUCAACUGCGAUGUGUCAUGAAAAGUACAAAGAAGCCAGUUAUAAAAUCUUCAAGGUUGUUGCAGUGGUACAUCCCUUUGUAGGACAACGAACAUUUUCAUUAUAAUAUGGUGUAUACCUAAACUAUAAACAUAGGAGCAGUAAAGCUUCUUCCUCUCUAUCAUCAGAGCUGGUCAGAGUAACAAAUUCUAUUCUGGAUGAAUAAAAUAAAAUGAAAGCAGUAGCCUAAAACAAAACUACUGUGGGUGGCUAGCAUAUUGUUUUGAUGUUUUGAUUUCGGUACAUCUCAGGAAUUACUCAAAUUAUUUUCAGAAAACUAUUAGAAGUAUUUUUAAGGAAGGUAUCUGACUGCUUGCCAAAAACAUAAUACCAGUGCUGAGUUGGUAAGCAUGCAAUAAUGUUUUUGAGCUACUAGCUUCUAUAAAUUGCUGGGUUUAAGACUGAAUAUUCUGGAAAUAGCUUUCAUUGAUAACAACAAUUAAAGAAAGGUUGCUUUUGCAUUAGUGUGGUGAUAGCAGACAACCCCUUUGGCUGGUGGGAAUAGUGCAAAAAUUCCAUAUGGAACAGGGAAUAUCUACAACAGCUGUUAUGAUUGACUGCUGCAAAUAUCAAGAUCAAGUUAAAUGAGUUUUUUUCGAACUGAUCUAGUGAUUUCUGAAAACAUUUCUAUACACCUUUGGUAGCCAAACCAUUAAUAAACAGACUAGAGAAAGAAUGUUUUAAGUUUUGUGUCUAGUUGCCUUCUUCCUGCCGGUCUCUUGAAAUUAAUGGGGCGAUGCCCUUAAGUAUCUAGAAUUGAUAGGGUGUUUUUUUAAAAUCCAGUUUCUUAAUAUAAUUUUCAUAAGUAUAAUGCUUAUUUGGCAGUGGUUCCCUUUUGAUGGAAGUCAUUCAUAAUCCAAGGAAAAGGCAAAUUUCUACAUAUAGCUGCAGAUAAAGAAGUGCUAUUGGGUGUCUUG